AUGAGCCGCCAGCUCCAGCCCCGCAGCCCCGCCGUGCUCCUGCAUCCGCCGGGAGCCCCCGCCGCCGGCGGCCCUCGCUGCCGGGGCGCCCCUGCCAAGCGCCUCCUUCUGCACGACGGCACCGGCGCCGAGGAAGCGCCUUCCGCCGCCAAGUGCGCCCGCCUCGCCGUCGAUUGCUCCAGCGCGGCGCCCCAGGACUGUCUCAGCGCGCCGGGGUCGCCCUGCGCGCCCGUCUCUCCGGCCCCCGGCACUGGCUCGGCUUCCAGCCCCGGCGGUAGCAGCGCGCAGGGGCCCAGCCUCGUCGCCGGCUAUCUCUUGUUGCCCCUGCCCGACAGGGAGCACGUUUCUCGGGCGCUCGACAUCAACACGGGCCGCGAACUGCGCUGCAAGGUCUUCCCCCUCAAACACUACCAGGACAAAAUCCGGCCUUACAUCCAGCUGCCAUCCCACCGGAACAUCACGGGCAUUGUGGAAGUGAUUCUCGGGGAAACCAAGGCCUACGUCUUCUUCGACAAGGACUUUGGCGACAUGCAUUCCUACGUCAGGAGCUGCAAGCGUCUGCCGGAGCAGGAGGCGGCCCGACUCUUCAAGCAGAUCGUCUCGGCAGUCGCUCACUGCCACCAGUCGGCCAUCGUGUUGGGAGACCUCAAACUCAGGAAAUUUGUGUUUUCUAGCGAAGAAAGGAUGCAGCUGAGACUAGAAAGCUUGGAAGACACUCACAUCAUCAAAGGGGAGGACGAUGCAUUGUCGGACAAGCACGGCUGCCCAGCCUACGUCAGUCCAGAAAUCCUAAACACCACAGGGACCUAUUCUGGGAAAUCGGCUGACGUGUGGAGCUUAGGCGUAAUGCUGUACACCCUCCUAGUGGGACGCUAUCCUUUCCACGACUCGGACCCUACCGCCCUCUUUUCUAAAAUCCGACGCGGACAGUUCUGUAUCCCUGACCACAUCUCUCCCAAAGCACGGUGCCUCAUCCGUAGCCUGCUCAGGCGAGAACCCUCCGAAAGACUCACAGCUCCAGAAAUCUUGCUCCAUCCUUGGUUUGAUGCUGUUUUGGAAUGUGGGUAUGCUGACCAGGACAUACGAGCCUUUGAUCAAGUUGUUCCAGAGAAGUCGAGAGAGGAUGACGAUAUCAGCUCCUUCUUUUGUUAGCUCUGAUUUUUGGGGGGGCCUCCGGGCAAGAGACCUCACACUUGCAUACAGUCCUUAAAUGUGUGUGUGUGUUUGUGUGUGUUUGUGUGCGUUCAUUUUCUGUGUUGUAAAUGCAUUGCUUUCCAAACCCUUGCUGCGCUCAAGACAGUAGCUGCGAUCUUGAGUGGAAGUCCUGUUUGUUUCUUCCCUUUCCAAAGAGGCUUGCAAAAAGGCUGCAAUUCUUGGCCUUAUUAAUCCAGGGGAUUUCCCAUUGAGCUCCAUGGGACUCUUCUGAUGCCUCCAUCUGGAGCAAAUGGAAGAAGAGCCAGCUGGAUUCCCCUAUGUCUCUCAUACAUCAUACAAAUGACAGGAGCUCUGGCUGGGCUUUGGUUACAGAAUCGUACUGGUGAUGUAAGAGAGCGCACAGGCAUAGUUCUUCCAAUGCCAGAUGGAGCAUGUGAUAGUCACAGUGGAAAAAUUAAUGGGCUUGUCUAUCAAAAAGCUCAGCUCUUAUAAUUGGUUUCCAACUAGCUCUCCAGACGCGUGGGAAUUGCACCCGUUGUCUUGCGUUUUGCCAGUUGCUUUCCUGGCUGUGUUCGGACACUCAGCUUGAAACCAGUUUGCAUGUUUCAACCUUGAAGGCGUUGGGACUGUUGGGAACCUGCAGCCUGAUCUUGCAGGUUGGGUUAACCUGGAGUAUUUAGCUGUUGUCACUUUUGGAAAAAAAAACAAACGAACUUCCAAUCUGAACCUGUUUAAAGUGUCCAAAAUUGCAAAGCUAUGCUCAAGUUCAGACUUUCAGCAGAGCUGUAUUGGCUUCAGUCCUGGGGUUUCAUCUAAACUGAGUGCUGAAUCGAUCCGGUUGCUCACCUGGCCACACAAGCAGCAGAAUUGAGUGAGCUUUCAACUGAAUACUCUGGCGUUAACCUUUUGUGUGUGUGUGUGGGGGGGAAGGAUUGGGCUAUUAUUUGUCAAAUUUGGGGGAUUUCACAGACGCCAAGUCUUGUCAUUUGAAGUGGCUAUCAGCCCCAGCGUUGCCAGAGUUGGGAGAAGUUGUUUUUAAAGUAUCUUGACUGGAAGAUCAGUGCUAUUGAAACAAAUCAGAAUUUUGCCAUCGGCUUCAGCAGGGCACUUAUCUAUCUUAGUCCUCAAAUCCUUAAGGCGCACUUCUGUGCAGGAUGACUGGGACAGUCAGUGGCCCUUUUGAACUGAUGCAAAGGACAUCAGUCUCCGUGUUUGUGUGGCAGUGAGGUUCUAGCUAGCAGUUCGUCUGUGUCUAAACUUGGAAUGCUUUUCAUACCAUUUCUCUCUGCCAGUCCCUAUAGCUAAUGCAAGUGUUCCUCAAGUGAACUAGAGCUGCUGUUCUCAAAUCUCUUGUUUCAGUAGAUAGAUGAGGACUCCUGAUAUUCUCUCCCCCCUCCUUCUUUUUUUAAAUUACAUGCCUACCCUAAGAUGGCAUGUAAGUGGCAUUUGUGAAGGGCGAUGCCUGCAUCUUUGGCCAGCCACCUUUCAAACGGUUGCCGGGCUUGUCUGUGCAACCUGUGAGUGAUGAGAUGCUGCUGCCAGUAUCUUUAUAUAGAGGCCACUAUCAUUCCCAUUCUACAGAUGGGAUACUGAAGCAAACUGAGGCAGUGACUCGCAUAAGGUUUAGUCAGUGGCAGAGGUGGGGCUUAAUCCUCUCUCUUCCUUCCUCCGCUCAAUCAGGCACUUUUAGAUUUGGCAUCCUAGCCUAGCCUCCCACAACCUGGUAGCCUCCAGUUGUUUUGGACUGCAGCUCCCAGCAUGCCUAACAAUUAGCCAUGCCUGCUGGAGGCUGAUGGGAGCUGAAGUCCAAAAGAACUGGACCACAUUGUCUCAUUCCCCUGGGUCUUAAAGCAGGUAGAGCAGAAGGAUCCGUGGGUUGCAUACACGAGAGUUGUGGCCUAUGUUAGUCCUACUUGGAGUAGGCCCAUUGAAGUGAAUGGGACUUGAGUUAGGCUAACAUUGGGUACAACCCAAGGUUCCACAUUCAGUCUCUGGCACCUCUAGUGAAAGGAACUUGUGAAGGAGGUCUGAAAAAGCUUCUGCUUAAGACCAAGGGGACAAUUCUGGGUAAGGCUGAAGAAUAGUCCCCCUUACCAGAUGCAGGUUUAAAGCUCAUUCCUAGCCUUGGUGCUGAAUCUCCCUGAAGCAUUCAGCAUUAAAUGUUAAGCAUGGCUCUUCUCUGGCAAGUGACCCAAGAGAGCUUGGAUCCUGGCCUUGCCUGGCUCUUUUGCAUCAAUGUAAGCUGGUGUUGCUCUGAAAGUAACACCCUGUAUCUGAAUACCAAAGGCCCAUCUGUCGAGGGUGGAACGGCUUAACCUGAGAGGCAAAGAUAAACCCUAUCUCAUUACUUGCACCGAAAAAUGUUUGGCUUUCUUUGCAUGGGCUCUGAUCUCUAGUGCAUUGCAUCAUCCUUCAUGCAAAAACAAGAAGAAAAAAGAGAGAAAAACAAUUGCCUAUUUUGAUAGCCCACUGAACAAUGCCCAAAUGUUCCUAUUUGACUCUUCAGGAAUAAUCUGGAAAUCUCUCUUUCCCCUUCUACCACCCUUUCUACAUUUUCAUGCAUCUCUGGCUGCUAUCGUUUUUGUAUUUUAAAUUCAUGAUUGGGUAACUAAUAUACUUAAAUAAACAUUAGCUUCCUGGAUGAACUUCUUAACAAAGACGAACUGCUCCAGUUUACAUCAGUAAGCACUUGCCUCUCCUGAGUUUCGAAUUCAUCCGGGAAACCGGAGGAAACCUGUUGUUAUCCGGAAGACUGCUGGUUCUUUUUUCUCAUAGGGUGUCAGUGGCCCACAGGCAAAUGUAGACAUGUGUGAUCCAUCUGAUUAGUGAUUUUUCUUGUGGACUAGUAUCUUUGCUUGCAAGGCUGAGCUGUGUGUAAAAGGAACCGACUUAAGUUCUGGGGAAAAGCACUAUAUUCCAUGUCUAAAACUAAAUUGUUCAUUGCGGGAAGUUGUAUGCUGCCAGCAUAAGAUAGGUGCACCUUUGCCUUUCGAAGAACUUGGGGAAAUGUUUUUCUGUUGGACUGUCUGAGACAGUUAGCAGCCUUGCAUGACUACACUUCCCAGGAUGCAUUGUGGGGGAAGCUGAUGCAAUACAAUACGCCUGUGUGGCCCUAGUUUUAGAGUUUCAAAUGAUGAAGUUGCUUAAGAAUCCUACUGUUUUACGGCUUAUCGUUGUCAGAAGGGUGGGGCCGCUGCACUCUUGAGAAAGCUCUGUAUACCUCAUCUAUUGUGCACUUCCCACAUGAUGUCAUGCCAUUUGAUGUGUGUGUGUGUGUGUGUGUGUGUGUCUUUGAAAAGCCUGAGGUGUCAAAGAGCAGUUUAAAUGUGAAUUAGGUCCGGCAAUACUAACUUGAUAAAAUCAAGAGAAUUACAGGUGAAACUUUUAUUUUUUUACCUUGAUUGCACUAAAGCUCUCGUGAUUGCUUUAAUAUAUUUGUAUCUGUGAUACAGUUCUUUUUUUUGUUUUUUUAAAGAAUCUCCUCAGACCUGCCUAUAAAUCUGUAUAUAUCGGUAGGUGGAAAGCUAAUAACACUAUGUCGGAUAUUUGUACAUAUGUACAUAUUUGAAAAAUCAACAUGAAGCUGUAAAAUUUCUGUACAAAAAAGUUUAAUAAAUCUGGUUUCAUAACAAA